AUACACAACAUUUCUCAAUAUAUCGACACUCAUGCAGGCGUCCGCAGACUUUAUGUGUAAUUGAUUGGACUGAAGCGUCAUCAUGCCUGUGAACGCCGCUGUGAUUAGAGGAGUUCAGAAGCUGGUGCUUUAUGAGACCAGAGCCAGGUAUUUUCUGGUGGGCAGUAAUAACGCUCAAACGAAACAUCGUGUCCUGAAGAUCGACCGCACUGAACCGCGAGAUCUGGUCAUUAUUGAUGAUAAGUUGUGUUUCGUGCGGUUUCUGGAGGGUUACUAUAUCGUGUUGAUCACUAAACGCCGCAGGAUGGCGGAUAUCGGCGGCCACUCGAUUUAUAAGAUUGAAGACACGAAUAUGAUCUACAUUCCUAAUGACUCUGUGAGAGUCACACACCCUGAUGAGGCGCGAUAUGUGAGAAUAUUCCAGAACGUGGAUCUGUCCAGUAACUUCUACUUCAGUUACAGCUACGACCUGAGCCACUCGCUGCAGUGUAACAUGACGCUGCUGCAGAUGCCGUGUGACGCCGGAGAGAGUGAGGAGCUCAACACCAGCGGCAGACAGGACAGCUUUGACAUCUUCGAGGAGGAGGGACUCCCCACUCCAGUUGUCCACGGUUUGAUUAAUGAACCCUACGCUAAGUAUGUGUGGAACGUCCGUCUGCUGGAGAAAGUCAAGGACAUCGUCCAUCCUGAUUGGCUGCUCUACAUCAUUCACGGCUUCUGCGGCCAAUCCAAGUUGUUGAUCUACGGUCGGCCGGUGCACGUCACGCUCAUCGCCCGCCGCUCCAGCCGCUUCGCCGGCACGCGGUUCCUCAAGCGAGGAGCGAACUGUGAGGGCGAUGUGGCGAACGAGGUGGAGACAGAGCAGAUCAUCCACGAUGCCUCGGUCAUGUCGUUGACGGCGGGCAGUUUCUCCUCCUGUGUUCAGGUCCGAGGCUCGGUUCCUCUGUACUGGUCCCAGGACAUCUCCACCAUGAUGCCCAAACCACCCAUACGCUUGGACCAGGCCGACCCAUAUGCUCACGUCGCUGCUCUUCACUUCGAUCAGAUGCUGCAGAGGUUUGGAUCGCCCAUCAUCAUCCUCAACCUCGUCAAGAAACGAGAGAAGAGAAAGCAUGAGAAGAUCCUGAGUGAGGAGUUUUAUCCCGCCAUCACCAACCUGAACCAGUUCCUCCCACCGGAGCACGGCAUCGAGUACAUCGCCUGGGAUAUGGCGCGAUACACGAAGAGUAAACUGUGUAACGUGUUGGAUCGUCUCAGUAUGAUCGCUGAGAAUGUGGUCAAGAGGACGGGAUUCUUCGUUAAUCGACCUGACUUUUAUUGCCACACGUUACGUCCUGAUGAAAGGUGGGGAGAUCUCGGAGGGAAGGUCACACCGAAUGGCAGGCUACAGACGGGGGUUUUGAGGACGAACUGUGUGGACUGUCUGGAUCGAACCAACACCGCUCAGUUCAUGGUGGGUAAAUGUGCUCUGGCGUAUCAGCUCUACGCUCUCGGGAUGAUCGACAAACCCAAGCUUCAGUUCGACACGGACUGCAUCAGGUUGUUUGAGGAGCUGUAUGAGGAUCACGGCGACACGCUGUCUUUACAGUACGGAGGAUCUCAGCUGGUGCAUCGGGUGAAGACGUACCGUAAGAUCGCGCCCUGGACACAGCACUCCAAAGACAUCAUGCAGACGCUCUCGCGUUACUAUAGCAACGCCUUCUCAGAUGCAGACAGACAGGACGCGAUAAACCUCUUCCUGCAGGUCUUCCAGCCGUCGGAGUCGAAGCCUCACCUCUGGGAACUGCCUACAGAUUUCUACCUUCAUCACAGCGAUACCAUGGUCCUCCCACACCAGCAGCACAGUUACACACACUGGUGGACUGACGGAGUGCUGACGUUCCUGCCGUCACCGUAUGAUGAAGCCCAUUGUGAGAAGAACAGGAGGAAGGUGACGGUGAAGCGCGUGAACCGCUUUGACGAAAGCAUCGACAUCUACACCGAGAUCUUCAAGCCGUACGAACUCACUUCGUUCGACGACACGUUCAGCAUCGCCAUGACCAACUCCGCGAGGGAGUUCAUGCCGAAGACGGUGGGCCUCGAUCCCAGUCCGUUCACCGUCCGCAAACCAGACGAGAGCGCAAAGUCAGUGCUGGGCAGUAAGUCCAGUAAGGAGGAGGCGGUGUUGCAGAGGAAGACGGCGGCCAGCGCUCCUCCUCCUCCUAGCGAGGAGCAGAUCUCCAGCAGCUCUGAGGAUGACUCUGAGGAAGAGCGCGAGGAUGAAGGGACGGCCUCACAGCGCUCCACGCCGAUCAGACUGUCCGAGCCGAGCGACAGCGUCCGCGCGCAUGAGGAUCCGCCUCAGCAGCGUCUGCCGCCUGUCAGAGAGACAUACGGGCUGAACCUGCUGGCCAUCCCGCCGGAUGAAGACAUCCUCAUAUACCACAGAUCUCAUGUCACGUGGUCCUCUUUCAGUCAGGAUCAAUGGGAAUCAUGGGAUUUGACCUCAGUGAUCGGGAAUAUCUUACACAAAACACAGAAGGCUAUUAUAAGACGGUCAGGAUCAAUGGGAAUCAUGGGAUUUGACCUCAGUGAUCGGGAAUAUCUUACACAAAACACAGAAGGCUAUUAUAAGACGGUCAGCGCUCCGGUGUCUCUGUUCCCGUCAGACAGCAUCUAUGAGGUUUCUGCUCCAGAGGUGGACAUCCAGAGCCGCGAGGUGUUCGAGUGUCACGUUCAGACGGGUCGUGGCUGGGUCAGGACUCUGUGUCAGGAGGACGUGCUCAUGUACCGCGAGUACAUCAAAAACAGAUACAUGUAA